CCCCCCUUUAAAGCCAUCAGAAAAUCUCAUUACCCACAUCAACUUUACAUAAAAACCUUAAGCCGAUCAAUCAUCCACCAAUUCGUUUAGCUUCGUCUUCGCAACCGUCUUAAGUUCCCGAUCAUCGUCUACUCAUCGGAGCGAUCAGAAAUGGCCGAAGAGCACCGCCACCACGAGAGCCACGAGUGCGAGACCCCCGUGGUCCGAGAGGAGAACGUUGAGACCACAGACCGGGGCUUGUUCGACUUCAUGAGCGGGAAGAAGGAGGAGCAGAAGCCCCCGCACGAGGGGGUUGUCGCGGCGGAGUUCAAGGAGAAGGUGAAGGUCUCCGAAGAGGAGGAGAAGAAGCCAUGCAAAGAGGAGGAGGAGGAGAAGAAGCACGGCAGCCUCUUGGAGAAGCUGCACCGGUCGGGCAGCAGCUCUAGCUCGUCGAGUGACGAGGAGGAGGGCGACGAUGAAGCUAAAAAGGAAAAGAAGAAGAAGAAGGAGAAGAAGAAGGAGAAACACGAGGAGGAGACCGCCAUCCCGGUCGAGAAGUGCGAGGACAAACCCGAGGAUAAGAAGGGUUUUAUGGAGAAGAUCAAGGAGAAGCUCCCGGGCCAAAAGAAGCCGGUCGAGGAGGGGGUGGAGGCUCACUCGCCGCCAGCGCCGCCGCCUUCGGCUAUGCCGGAGAGCACCCUGCCGCCCUGCCCCGAGGAGGAGCACAAGGAGAAGAAGGGGCUGCUGGAGAAGAUCAAGGAGAAGCUCCCCGGGUACCACCCCAAGAAUGGAGAUGAGGAGAAGAAGGACAAGGAGUGUGCUUCCCAUUAAUUAAGCGCCAAAAAAAAAAUCAUAAGAUUAUUACCCUUGUUAUUGUUUGGUCUUUUUUUUUUUUUCAUUUUUUAAGGUAAAACUAUGGUUUUCUUUUUUGGUUUGGUUUGGUUUGGUUUGGUUUGGGGAAGCUUUGUGUCGGAUCAGCUGGUGGGGGGUCAUGAAUGGUCUUUGAAUGAUAUGGUUCCUUUAUUGCUUUACUUGUGGAUGAAGGGAUUAGUGAUAUUAUGCGUGUAAAUAUAAGUACCAUGGUGUGCUUUAUAUUGUGUUUCUUAGGUAAAUAAUUAAUAUUUAAUUUCUUUAUAUUUUCCUUUUGUGUCAUUCCAUCUGGUCGGGUCGCUCAAAAAGCAAAAAAAAAAAGAUUUAUAUAAUUCAUAUUUUGUUUGAUUAUC